UUGCUGUCGAUGCUGCUUAUGAAUCUGGAACAACGACCCUUUGUAUUCGGAGACAUUGGUAGACAGGUCCUGGCGACUGGCACCAGAAAACGGCCUGAAUACUUCAUGCAAGCUAUUAAUGGAAUAUCUAAAGAUGACAUCAACCGAGUAGCGCAACGUUUAUUAAAAUCACCACCUUGCUUAACAGCAUGUGGCGAAGUAACACCGAACGUUCAAAUUCAGUUGAACCUCGAAAAUAUGAUACGAGAUGCAUCGUGUUUCCGCUGUCGAACGAAAAUUCUGAUCACUAAGAUAACUGAAUUUUCCAACAUUAUAACGGGGCUAUUAAAAAUUGUAAUAUUAGAAAGAAUAGUAUUAAUGUCGAAGAUUUGAAUAUAUAACAUACAAUAUGCAAAAUGCUCUUUAUGUUGAAAGUGUUCGAUAUUGGAUCCCCGAUGUUAACCAAAGAGUAAUAUUAUUAUAAGGCUUCUGAUCUUUCACCACGUCUUUGGUUUAUAACGUCAUAAGCGACAAAACGUCAAGAUCCGACACCUCGAUAAAAUGUAGUUGUGUACAAUAUGUUGCAACAUGCUAAUAAAAGUAUAGGCUUCAUCGGAAAUGCACGAAUAUAAGAAAAACAGGCUAAUUAAGAGCCAGGCGCGGUAAACGUUUCGCAAAUGUUAUUUUUAAAUUUUUAUACAUUUUCAA